AUGAAGGGCAGACCUUAUGCUAGACUAAUUGGCAGCUUGAUGUAUGCACAAGUGUGCACUAGGCCUGAUUUAGCAUAUGCAGUGGGUAUAUUAUCGAGAUUUCAGUCAAACCCUGGGCAUGAGCAUUGGGUUGCAGCAAAGAAGGUGCUUAGAUAUUUACAGAAGACUAAGAGUUAUUUGCUGGUGUACAAGAAGGUUGAAAAUUUGGAUGUCAUUGGGUACACUGAUGCAGACUUUGCAGGCAAAUAUCCGGAUUCAACCAAAUCUACUUCUGGAUAUGUUUUUAUGAUGGCUGGGGGUGCCAUAGCUUGGAGGAGCAUUAAGCAAACAUUGACAGCCACUUAG